AUGGAGGUGCAGCUGGGGGUCGGUCGCGUCUACCCGCGACCGGCGGGCAGGACCUUCCGCGGGGCUUUUCAGAGCUUCUUCCAGAGCGUCUGCGACGCUUUCCAGCCGCCUCGAGAGGAACCGGGCGCCGGGCAGCCGCUGCCGAGCGCGCCUUGCCCGCCGAGCCCCCGGCCGCCGCCGGACUCCCCCGCCUGCCUGCCGCCCCCGCCGGGCUGCCUGCCGCCCCCCGAGCCCCGCACCGCCGGCAAGGCGCUGCCGGCCGCCAACCCCGCCAUGGGCUCGUCCUUCCCCUGCGCCGGAGAGCUGAGGGAGCUGCUGGGCGAGGCGGGUGCGAUGCCGCUGCUGCCGCCGCCCGAGACAGAGCCGGCGGAUAAGGAAGACCCGCUGGGCGACAGUGCCCGCCAGCUGUGCCGCGCCGUGUCCGCCUCCAUGGGGCUGGCGCUGGAGGCGCUGGAGACUCCGGCCGAGCCGCUGCCCCGCGAGGACUGCAUGUUCGCCGUGCCCGCCGGGCCACCCCGCGCCCCUCGCCCGCCCACCCGCGACCCCUCGCCCGCCUUCGAGGCCGCCGUGGCCGCCGAGCCGCCCGCCGGGCCGGGGCUGCCCCGCGGCUUCGGCCGCGUCAAGCUGGAGAGCGCGGCGGGGCCGGCCACGGGCGGCGGCUGGGGCGGCCCGUGCCGUUUCGGGGCCGAGCUGGUCCCGCCGGGCCCCGCGCCCCCCUGGCCCACCUUCUUCGCCGAGGAGGGACAGCUCUACGGGCCGUGCCCCGAGCCGCCCGCCGGGCCUGCCGACUGCCCUGGCGAUGCCUGGUACCCACCGGGCCGGGCGCCUUUCGCCGCCCCCGGCAUCAAGAGCGAGCUGGAGCCCUGGGUCGAGGGCUACGCCGGCGCUUACGGCGAUCCCCGGUUGGAGGGUGGCCGUGACCAUGUCCUGCCCAUUGACUAUUACUUCCCACCUCAGAAGACCUGUCUGAUUUGUGGAGAUGAAGCAUCUGGGUGUCAUUAUGGAGCCCUCACAUGUGGGAGCUGCAAAGUGUUCUUCAAAAGGGCAGCUGAAGGUAAACAGAAGUACCUGUGUGCCAGCAGGAAUGACUGCACCAUCGACAAAUUCCGAAGGAAAAACUGUCCCUCCUGCCGCCUGCGCAAGUGCUACGAGGCUGGGAUGACUCUUGGAGCCCGCAAGCUGAAGAAGCUGGGUAACCUGAAGGCACAGGACGAGCUGGAGGGAGCCAGCUCAUCCAGCCCCACGGAGGAGCAAGCUCCCAAGCUGGUGAUGACACGUAUUGAUGGCUACGAGUGCCAGCCCAUCUUCCUCAACGUCCUGGAGGCCAUUGAGCCUGGUGUGGUGUGUGCUGGCCAUGACAACAGCCAGCCUGACUCCUUCUCCAACCUGCUGAGCAGCCUGAACGAGCUCGGGGAGAGGCAGCUGGUCUACGUGGUCAAAUGGGCAAAGGCCCUGCCAGGAUUUCGCAACCUGCACGUGGAUGACCAGAUGUCAAUAAUCCAGUACUCUUGGAUGGGCCUGAUGGUGUUUGCUAUGGGGUGGAGAUCCUUCACCAACGUCAAUUCCAGGAUGCUUUACUUCGCUCCAGAUCUGGUCUUCAAUGAGUACCGCAUGCACAAAUCCAGGAUGUACAGCCAGUGCAUCAGGAUGCGGCACCUCUCCCAGGAAUUUGGGUGGCUUCAGAUCACACCCCAGGAGUUCCUCUGUAUGAAGGCUCUCCUCUUCUUCAGUAUUAUUCCAGUGGAUGGCCUGAAGAACCAGAAGCUCUUCGAUGAGCUCCGCAUGAAUUACAUUAAGGAACUCGACCGUAUCAUUGCCUGCAAGAGGAAGAACCCCACCUCGUGCUCCAGGAGGUUUUACCAGCUCACCAAGGUCCUGGACUCCGUGCAUCCGAUUGCCAAGGACCUGCAUCAGUUUACAUUUGAUCUCCUGAUCAAGGCACACAUGGUGAGCGUGGACUACCCGGAAAUGAUGGCCGAGAUCAUCUCUGUGCAGGUUCCCAAGAUCCUGUCUGGAAAAGUCAAGCCUAUCUACUUCCACGCACAGUGAUCUUUCAGAGGGACCCCCGUGCUGCCACCCCCAUUCCAGCCAUCUCCUGCCUGUUACUUCUGCACUACUGUCCUGCAGUGCCUUGGGGAAUCCCUCUGCAGCAGUGGCCAAGGGGAUGGGCAGUGACAGACGUGCUGGGAUUCCUGAGAUGAUUAUUUUCCUGAGGUACCUCUGAACUGAACCCCUGGCGCUGGCCUCUGCCUGGCUCCAGCUGCUCACGGUGCUGGACAGGGACUGGCAGGGCAGUGGCACCACCUGAGUGUUCUCCUCUGUUUGUCACUGUGACUCCAGCAGCCCAGGGCCACGGGGCAACAGGAAGAGUGCCAGCAGUUGGUGGGUUUGGGGUGGUUUUUAUAAAAAGAACACAACACAAA